CCAUUCCUGCCUCUGGACGGGCGCUCUCCCGGGGACACGCAGGCUCCUCCCGGAGAAAGCCGGAUUCCCCGUCGAGUCGCUGCCAUGGCCUCCGUCCCCUCCGCCGGCUGCCUCCUGGCCAAGAACCAGUACUACAGGACAAGACUGAACUCAGAAUCCAGUGUUUCUUCCAGCUCCUCCAGCUGUUUGGAUGCUGUGAACAUCACAGACCAGGACAAAGCAUCGCAUGGGUUACCAGAGUUAAUUGAUAAAUAUUGGUGGAUAAAAAGCUUCUUCCAUAGUGAACCCUCUCCACCAACUGUUGGCAGAAAAACACUCUCAGCAAGCAGUACCAACAGUUGAAAAGGACUGUGUGAUGGCUUUUCUGACUGAGAUGCUACGUACAGACUUGUUUUUCCAAGAGGCUUGGGGUCUUCCUAAUGUCUGGGUUCAGCUGCAAGAAGAAAACAAAACCUUUAGGAGAGUGGAAAAGUGUAUUUUCAAAAUAUUUCUCAGUAGCUAAAAUGAUAUUGCUUAAUGAACAUAUCCAUGGCCUACAGUGUUCUUUCCAGAUUUGCCAUAAUUUGUGAUGUCUCUCUAAUGAAAGUUUCCAGGAGUAAACAUCCUGAUGACUUACUUGAGUAAUUAGAGAAAAGUGACAGUAAAAAUAAGACAUCAUAGGUUUAGGAGGAAGAUGUGUAUUGAAUGACUUUGCAAUAGCUGAUUCAGUUAAGUUGCCUUUAAGAUACCAGCUCUCUAGGCAGUCACACUGAUGUAAACAAGAUUCAUAUCUAUAAUCCAGAGUAGGACUGCUGUGUAGCACAUGUCUUUUAUCCAGUAUUUGUGUAACAGUUACAGGGUGUGAGUUUACAAGAAUGCUUGUCAAUAGCUUUGCUUUUAGAAAGCGCAAUUAUAUGAACAAGCAAAAAUCAGUUUGGUGUCUUUGAUCAAGCAGAGUGCAUAGAUCCCAAUUUCAAAUACCCAGGUACCACUUUCACUCCUAUGUAUGCUGGUAUUUGAGGACAGAAUAGAGGAGAUGCACAAGAAACCAGUAAUCCUAAUGGAAACUGUCCUUUCCAAGGAGAAGAGCAACCUUAAUCAGAGUUGAUACUUCUAGUUUGUUUUAGAUUUCUUCUGCUUGCUUUGCUUCGUUGUGGCUUAAAGAUCUACUUGUUCCUAAGUGACUAAUUCUAUCAAUAUUUUGCUGUCUGUUGGAUUAGUUAUGAGGCCUAGAUCUGGCAAAGGAUUCCACUCAAAGUAAUCACAUUAUUGUUGUUAUCCAGGUGUACCUUUGUCAUGCUCUUGAAAGCUACUAUAACAUUGCAAUGCUGAAGACUAAAUGAAGCUAAUUAGUCUAAUGAUUGUUUAUUCUACUGGGCAUGACUGAAAUGCAUAAAGGGUUAUGGAAAAUAACAAAUAUUUGGCUGGAUGAUAACGUUUGUGAAGGUAUCUAUGUAACUUUUUGAUGUAGUCAUUAAACCUGCUGGAUAUUUGCCCAUCACUGGAUGAACUAACAGUAGCAAACAUUAAUGUAGCUCACUUCUUUUUAUUAUAGGUUAGUGGUUGUCAUGGUUAUGCAUAACUCCAAGGUGUAUCAAGUGGCUGCUUCAGGGAGUUUACAGUCUUGGUGGAGGCAAUAAAUGCAUGGCAGAUGACAACAGAAAAGAGCACAAUUCUGAAAAAAUGAUUUUAAGGGUCUUUAAA